AUGAAGUGUUUAUCCUUAAUCACGCUGACCUUGGGUCUGGUGCCUCUGGUUGCCUCCUAUCCCGCGUAUAACUUCUCCGUGCCCGUGGACCAUUUCCACAACGAGUCGCGAUACGAGCCACACACCAACGACUUCUUUAACCUCCGCUACUGGUUCGACGCCAGCCAUUAUAAAGAGGGUGGUCCUAUCUUUCUUCUUGCUGGGGGGGAGGAUGAUGCCUCACUGCUGCUCCCUAUACUUUCCCACGGAAUUUUCUCUAAGCUGGUAAAGACGUACAAUGGUAUUGGAGUGAUCCUCGAGCAUCGAUACUAUGGCACCAGCUUCCCUGUGAAUGAGAUUACCCCAGAGAGUCUCCGCUUCCUGACCACAGAGCAGGCCAUGGCCGACUAUGCAUAUUUCGCGUCGCACAUCACCCUCCCGGGACUGGAACAGGUCAACCUGACAGCUCAGAGCGGAACUCCCUGGAUCGCAUAUGGCGUCUCCUAUGCAGGGGGCUUUGUGUCCUUUCUUCGCAAACUGUAUCCGGACAUCUAUUAUGGGGCUAUCUCAUCUUCUGGCACCACCGCUGCUGUCGUGGACUACUGGAAAUAUUACGAGCCAAUCCGCCAUUACGGCCCCCCUAACUGCAUUAAAGCCACGCAGGAUUUCGUCGAUAUUAUCGACCACAUCCUCAUUAAUCACGAAGACAACCAGACCCUUAGCCAACAACUCAAGACAUCCAUCGGCGCCUCUCCCGACCUACCCAGUCGCACUUUUGCCCUCCAGGUAUCCGGAGUCGUUGGCUCAUUCCAGAACCGUAACUGGGACCCGGCCAUUGGGGCACCCAUUUUCCGUGAAUAUUGUGAUAAUAUCACCAGUUCCGAUCUACUUUAUCCUGAAACAAGUCUGGCUGAGGCCUCUAUAAAGGAAAUCAUCACCAUAGCGGGGUAUAACGCAUCCGACGACCGCUUUGUGACCGGCAUGUUGAACCAAGCUGGCUAUUACAACCAUACUAUAUUCAAGUUUGAUUCUUCUUCUUCAUCUACCACACCAUCUCCAAGCUCUGGUACCACACACAAUAAAGGAGAUCUCCAUCUAUCUAAAGGGUACAGCUGGUUCUACCAACUCUGCACGGAAUGGGGCAAUUACUACACAGGAGCAGGAACCCCCAGUCACAUACGGCCACUAGUCUCACGCCUCAUCGACGUAGCCACGCAGGCAAGCACCUGCCCGUUACUCGGCAUCAAGUCCCCUCCCGACGUAGAGCGCAUCAACAGAUACGGUGGCUUGCACUUCUCGUACCCUCGUGUGGCUAUGAUCGGCGGGUUGGCGGAUCCCUGGCGCGACGUGACACCUCUCGCGGAGGGGUUGCCCCUUCGACCCUCGACAGAUGAUGAGCCGGUUAUCUUGAUUGAUCUGUCUGCAGAUGAGGUAUGGGAUGGUAUCCGCGGUGCUGUUCACCACUGGGAGCUGAAUGGGGCAACGACAGAUAAUUAUCCGCCUGGUCUUCCGCCAAAGGGUAUUGUCGAGGCAUGGGAUGAGAUCGUCAGGUUUGUUGGGGUUUGGUUACAUGGAGAGGGUCAUUGA